AUGAAGCUCAACGAAGCAUUUGAGUUUUUCCAAGAAAUGGAUAAAGCUGGGGUCUCCAUCAGCCCGUAUUCUUACCAAUGUCUCUUCGAGGCUUGCAGAGAAUUGAGGUAUUUAUACCAUGGGAGACUUCUGCACGACCGCAUGAGAAUGAAAUGUGAGAAUCCUUCUGUGAUUCUUCAGAACGAACUCUGUGCUUCAGAUGUGCUGCUAGUGUGGGAGCUUCGAAGAUGCAGAAAAAGUGAGACACGCCUACUUCUUCCGUGUUUACUACAACUCUUGAAAUAUUUGGUAAAGUCUAGUCCUUUAGGUAGUGGUAGACAGGUUCAUGCUCAUGUUAUACGUGCUGGGUUAUGUAGCAACGCAUCUAUAGAGACUAGGAUCUUGAACAUGUACGUGAAAUGUGGUUGGUUAGUGGGUGCUAAGCUAGCGUUCGAUCAGAUGGCAGUGAAGAAGCUGGAAGAGCAAGAGAUGCUUUGA